AUGGCCGCAGCACCCCCAAGAGAACUUCAGGCGGCGGAGGUGUUGAUCAGGCAAGUCUACUUGCCAGAUUUCGCCCCGCCGGUUUGGAGUCUGGAUUGGAUGAGGAGGCAGUUCAAAGGAGAUGGGACGCUCAAAGAUGAGUCUGCAUUCUCUAGCGUCCGGGUCUACUACCCAAAAGGGGAGCGUGACCUUGAGAAAGUGAAGCGAUUGGUCACACAGAGGGAGCCGGUGAAUAUCGCCAUGGAGAGGUACUAUGACCAACGGCUGCUGAAACGCGAGUUUGGGUACGAGUUCGGCGCCUACGCAGAAAGCUGGAAGGCUAACCAGCAACUCAUGCCCAACAUCGCCAUAUACUGCCGAACGCCGAUGCGCUCGCCUCGAGAUCCUCACGGCGAACCUGUAGAAGCGCAUGUCAUAAACGUCAUAGGCUUCGGAUUUGAUUCGCGGGAGCAGCCGGACUAUCAGUACUUUCUUGGUCAGCGGUCCGGGGAGAAGUGGCCUGAGUUGGUGCAGAGUAUGAAGCAGAUGUGGCGCUAUAUCUUUGAAUGUGCCAAGAGAGAAGGGAAGACGCAAGUGCUUAUUGCCGCCGUUGGCGGCGGCGCCUUCAGCUAUCUCUUGGGCGGCCGCUAUGAAGAGCUCAAGGAUGCAUCCCUGGGCCCGGUGCAGAAAGAGAAUCUCGGCAGCAUA